AUGGUUCCGAUCGCCACCACAGCCCGUCGCCUCAUCGAAUCUAGUGAUCUCAGUGGUCACAGGCAGGAAGAGCUCGAGGCCGAAUUACGUCAUAUGAUGCUGGUCAAGGAAAAAGCCGAGUCGCUGAUGAAAGACCUGGUCAAGUCAGCCUUGUCCAGCCCCAGACGUGUGACAGAGUCCCACAUACUGACUGGCAAAGAGCGGGUGGACAACUCUGCGUGCCACAAGGCCGCCCUAAGCCUCUUCUCUGCCCGAUGUCCAAGCAUCGACAUGGGGAGGUAUUCAUUCAUCUGGAGAAAUCUGCAGGCCGUUAUCAACCUCUGCAACCGCCUGCCCCAAACUGACGCCACGAACGCCAUCAUGGAGGUCACGGAGAAGUGCGGAAUUUGCCGAGCUCUGUAUUUCCGGCGGAUCAUCAGUUUGUCCUAA